UUUUUUCUUUCUAUUGAGGAAGAAACAUGUUUGUUCCGCCUUUCACUUCCGCUUUUCUCUUUCAACAAUUCCAUGAAAAAUUGUCUAUUAUUUUUCGGGAUUUUUGCCAAUUCGCGUGUUUGUUUGUGUUUUGUCUGUUUAAAAAUCCUCAAAGCCGUUCUUCAUAUAGUUAUGGACAUAUAUUUUUUAAUAUGUUUCUGGCUGUUUUCAAGCUCUUUCCCCCUUCUUUUUUUUAAA